AUGGGGAAGGAGACGCAAACGGCGUGCGACACCCGCAAGAAACUUGUGGUCGUGGGCGACGGCGCGUGCGGGAAAACGUGUCUCCUGAUCGUGUUCAGCAAAGACGAGUUCCCAGAAGUGUACGUCCCGACUGUGUUCGAAACAUACGUGGCGGACAUUGAGGUGGAUACCAAGCAGGUCCAAUUGGUUUUGUGGGACACUGCGGGCCAGGAGGACUACGACCGGCUACGCCCGCUCUCCUACCCAGACACGGACGUCAUUUUGAUGUGCUUCUCCGUCGACAGCCCGGACUCGCUGGAAAACAUCCCGGAGAAAUGGGUUCCCGAGGUGAAACACUUUUGCCCUAACGUGCCGAUCAUUCUGGUGGGCAACAAGAAGGACCUUCGCAACGACGAGAACGUCAGGAACGAACUGUCCCGUCUCAAGCUGGAACCGGUGAGGCCCGAAGACGGCCGAGCCAUGGCCACGCGUAUCGGCGCACACGACUAUUUGGAGUGCUCGGCCAGGACGAAAGAUGGCAUCUGGGAAGUGUUCGAGACGGCGGCGAGGGCAGCCUUACAGAAAAAAAAGUCUGGACGGGGACGUUCUGGCAUGCGUUGUGUUUUGAUGUGA